AUGCUUAAUUCUCAUAUUAAAUGGCUUGGUGAUUUCCUCUUGAAACAAUGGUUUUUCAUAACAUUAGCAGUUUUUAUCGUUAUUGCUAGAUUUGCACCAAAUUUUGCAAGACAUGGAGGACUUAUAAGAGGUGAAUAUACAUUUGGUUAUGGUGCUCUAGCUAUAAUAGUUUUACAAUCAGGUUUAUCUUUGAAAACAAAAGAUUUAAUGAAGAAUAUGGGUAAUUGGAGAGCUCAUUUAACAGUUAUAAUCAUAUCAUUUUUAAUUACACCAUCAAUAAUGUUUGGAAUUUGUUCAGGUAUAAAAGCUUGUAAUAAUAAAGAAAUUGAUGAUUGGAUUCUUGUUGGAUUAAUUGUUACUUCUACUUGUUCAACAACAAUAGCAUCAAAUGUUGUAGCUACAACAAAUGCAAAUGGGAAUGUCUUAUUAGCUGUAUGUGAAGUUAUUUUAGGAAAUACAUUAGGUGCAUUCAUUUCACCUGCUUUAUUACAAAUGUUUACAUCAAAUAAUACUUGGAAUUUUGCAAAUCCAGCUUCAGAUCAAAGUAUUCAACAUCUUUAUGGCUCAGUAAUGAAACAACUAGGAAUAGGAUUAUUUAUUCCAUUAGUUGUUGGACAAAUUAUUCAAAAUAUUUUUCCAAAACAAACAGAAUGGUUUUUGAAAACUUUUAAAAUGAAUAAAGUUGCAAGUUUUUGUUUAAUUUUAAUUAUGUUUAGUUCAUUUUCUACUGCUUUUUAUCAAGAUGCUUUUAAUAAAGUAUCACAUAUUUCAAUUAUUUUCCUUGUAUUCUUCAUAUUAGGAAUCUAUAUAUUUUUUUCAUUCAUAUGUUUCUGUUGUGCAAGACCAAUAAUUAUUAAAUGGAUUUUCCCCGUGGAACCAUCAGAAAAAUCAUCUAGAUAUUAUAACUGGGGUUAUAAAUUUUUUAAACCAUUUUAUUAUAGUAGAGCUGAUACAAUUGUUUUGGUUUUAUGUGGUGCAACAAAAACUUCAGCUGUUGGUGCUUCAUUAGUAACUUCACAAUAUGGUUCACAUUUUGAAUUUUUAGGAACAUUAUUGGUUUCUUUGGUAUUAUAUAAUGCAUUUCAAGUUAUUAUUUCACAAUCUUUUGCUCCAUUAUUUAGAAAAUGGGAAUCUCAUGAUCAUGAUAAUGAAUCUUUGGAAGAGUUUACAACAAGUACAUCAAGCACAGAGACUAUGUGUUGA